GCCGUAGACCUAAUAACUCCUCAUCUCUAUGGUUUGAAAAUAUAAAAAUUGACAUCCGAAUCUGAAAAUUAGUGACUUGCUUGUUUUCUUUAUUGAGUAGCAUCAACUAAAUAUAUCCUAGCGGAAAUUAUUUAUCUGGAAUAUAAUUUGAAUCCCAAUUUUCACUGAGAAAAUGACUACACUGGAAGAUAAAUCCAUUUGGGAAGACGGCGAGGAAGCCCUGGGAGAAGAAGUUCUACGAAUGUCUUCUGAUGAAAUAGUAAGCCGUACCCGUCUUUUGGAUAAUGAAAUCAAGAUUAUGAAAAGCGAAGUUAUGAGAAUAAACCAUGAACUGCAAACUCAAAGCGAAAAAAUUAAAGAGAAUACAGAAAAAAUCAAAGUUAAUAAGACAUUACCAUAUCUUGUAUCUAAUGUAAUAGAACUCCUUGACGUAGAUCCCCAAGAAGAAGAGGAAGAUGGUGCCGUUGUUGAUUUAGACUCUCAGAGAAAAGGAAAAUGUGCUGUUGUUAAAACGUCUACUCGGCAGACAUAUUUUCUUCCAGUCAUUGGAUUGGUUGAUGAAGAAAAACUCAAACCAGGAGAUUUAGUUGGUGUGAAUAAGGAUUCAUAUUUGAUAUUGGAAACAUUGCCUGCAGAAUAUGAUGCUAGAGUAAAGGCUAUGGAGGUUGAUGAACGUCCAACUGAACAGUAUUCAGAUAUUGGUGGUCUUGAUAAACAAAUUCAGGAGCUAAUUGAAGCUGUUGUUUUGCCAAUGACGCAUAAGGAUAAAUUUGUCAACUUAGGAAUACAUCCACCAAAAGGUGUUCUUUUAUAUGGGCCACCAGGUACUGGAAAAACAUUAUUAGCAAGAGCUUGUGCUGCUCAAACCAAAUCAACUUUCCUUAAACUGGCUGGUCCACAGUUAGUUCAAAUGUUCAUUGGAGAUGGGGCUAAACUAGUAAGGGAUGCUUUUGCCUUAGCUAAAGAAAAAGCUCCAGCCAUUAUAUUCAUUGAUGAGUUGGAUGCUAUUGGUACAAAACGUUUUGAUUCUGAAAAAGCUGGGGAUCGUGAAGUACAACGUACUAUGUUGGAACUGCUCAACCAGCUGGAUGGUUUUAGUUCAACUGCAGACAUUAAAGUUAUUGCAGCAACAAAUCGUGUUGAUAUCUUAGAUCCUGCACUACUUAGAUCUGGUCGUUUAGAUCGUAAAAUUGAAUUUCCUCAUCCAAACGAGGAAGCAAGAGCAAGGAUUAUGCAAAUUCACUCUAGAAAAAUGACAGUUAAUCCAGAUGUGAAUUUUGAAGAGCUGGCUAGAUCAACUGACGAUUUCAAUGGGGCACAAUGUAAAGCUGUCUGUGUUGAAGCUGGUAUGAUAGCCUUGAGAAGGAAUGCUACAGCAGUUACACAUGAGGACUAUAUGGAUGCUAUUAUGGAAGUACAAGCCAAGAAGAAAGCAAACCUUAAUUAUUAUGCUUAAUCAGCUAACUUGAUAGAAUUUAAUAAAUAUUUUAUAUUUAA